AUGAGCGUCGAGGGCGGGCAGACGUGGCGGUCCACAGCGGGUUCUGUGCUCAAGUACAACGUGCGCCUGCUGUUCCUGUGCGGGCUGUGGCCCCUGGGACAGGGCCGGCUCUACGCAGCCUUCACGACGGGCGUGCUGGUCGCCGCCACGCUCCACGCCGCGGGUGCCUUCGUCGGUCUCUGCUCGGAGCCAGGGGGUCUCCAGGAGGUGACACUGUCGCUCGCCAACCUGUUCGUCGUGUGCUCCGCCAUUGUCAAGUCGUGCUUCUUCUUGGCGGACCGUACCAGAUUCUGUGCGCUGGUCACCACCCUCGAUCGGCUGGUGCUGGAGAGCAGCCAGCGCGGCCCGGUGGACGCCGCCCUGCGUUCGCGGCUGGCGGCGUCGCGGCGGCGCGCCGUGCGCCUGACGCUGGCCUUCCACCUGUACGUGCUGUCCGCGCUGGUGGCCUGGAGCCUGAUGCCCGCGAUCCAUCGCCAGCGCCGGCUGCCCUACCAGCAGCUGCGCUGGCUCGACACCUCCUCCGCGGCCGUCUACGGCGCCUCGUACGCGCUGCAGUGCACCGCCACCUUCUUCUGCUCCUUCAUCAACACCCACCUGGACGAUCCUCGCGGCGCGAUUCGCCGACCUGCGGCUCGACGCGGAUUGUAG